CGCUAUGAGAGGAAGCGGGCGCAGGAAGUGGGCGCAGGAAGGGAGCGCUCGCGAGCGAAGAGGAAGGCACGAGCACUAAAGGAAGGGGUACGGGUGCAAGGAGAGAAAGAAGCGCAUGAUGAUAACGGGCGAAGGGUGGAACGCACGAGGGAAGAAAGGUGGUCGCGUGGAAAAAGACGAAGAAGAAGAAGAAGAAGAAGAAGAAGAAGAAGAAGAAGAAGAGGAAGGAAAAGAAGAAGAAGAAGAAGAAGAAGAAGAAGAAGAAGAAGAAGAAGAAGAGGAGGAGACGACAUACCUGACCGUGCGAUUGGCAGUAGCACUGAAGAGAGGCGGUGUGAGUAGCUACGCCCUUACAUCAGCCUCUUGCCAUAUCCGACAGUGGAGACUUGCCAGAUGCGCAAAGCCGCCACCGAUUGAUGUGGCGAGCUUGGGGUUGUCGUCCACCCGAUUGAAGGAAUGUGCGCUUGUGCCUGUCGUCAUCCCGACGGAUUGUGACCUCGGUAUGCUACAUUUCGUGACGGAUCGCGUUCGGUUGUAGGACCAUGACGACGGUGGCGAUGACGAGGGAGUGAUAGAGAGAGAACAGGUAAGUGUCUGAUCCCACGGCUCACUCCCCAACGCUAUCAGCGACAAAACGAGCAAGAAAAAUAAACAAAUAAAUAACUAAAUAAAUAAGCAAAUGAAUAAAAUAAAGUGAA